CCUUUAGACCGGAACCCUGGCCCAUUGCUCGAGAUGCGCAUUAUACUUCCUAUUUUUCUGAAGUUCUUGUUUUUAAAAUGGCGCCGUUAGACUUGGAUAAGUAUGUUGAGAUUGCAAGACAGUGCAAAUAUUUACCAGAAAACGACUUAAAGAGAUUAUGUGACUAUGUAUGUGAUUUGCUACUCGAGGAAUCAAAUGUUCAACCAGUAUCCACCCCAGUCACUGUUUGUGGAGACAUUCAUGGCCAGUUUUAUGACCUAUGUGAACUCUUCAGAACUGGCGGACAAGUUCCAGACACAAACUACAUUUUUAUGGGAGACUUUGUGGACAGGGGAUACUACAGCUUGGAGACAUUCACGUAUCUGCUAGCCUUAAAAGCCAAGUGGCCGGACCGCAUCACGCUUCUACGAGGAAAUCACGAAAGCAGGCAGAUAACACAGGUGUACGGCUUUUACGAUGAGUGCCAAACUAAAUAUGGAAAUGCAAAUGCGUGGCGAUACUGCACUAAAGUGUUUGACAUGCUAACAGUAGCGGCUUUGAUAGACGAGCAGGUCCUUUGUGUGCAUGGUGGUCUUUCACCUGACAUCAAGACCCUGGACCAGAUCCGCACAAUCGAGCGCAACCAAGAGAUUCCCCACAAGGGGGCCUUCUGUGACCUGGUGUGGUCGGACCCAGAGGAUGUGGACACCUGGGCCAUCAGUCCGCGAGGUGCAGGCUGGCUGUUUGGCGCCAAGGUCACUAAUGAGUUUGUUCACAUCAAUAAUCUGAAGCUGAUUUGCCGUGCACACCAGCUGGUCCACGAGGGCUACAAGUUCAUGUUUGACGAGAAGCUGGUGACGGUGUGGUCCGCGCCCAACUACUGUUACCGCUGUGGAAACAUUGCCUCCAUCAUGGUCUUCAAAGACGUGAACACCCGGGAGCCCAAGCUGUUCCGCGCCGUGCCCGACUCGGAGCGGGUCAUCCCUCCCAGAACAACAACACCUUAUUUCCUCUAAUCACAAGAGCCAUUUUGUUCACUCCAAAAAUAGCCCGUUGCCUCUUUCCCUCACCAAUUUCCCGUUUGCUGUCUUAAGGAAGUGGAUAGGU